AUGCCGAAAUUCUCCUUGUAUGCAAGGCUCCGUGCAGCUGGCGAGGAGGCUGGCAGGGACCGGCUGCGUGCGCGGCUCGUGUGGCUCCUGGUGGUGGCGGAGACGAUCUCCAUGCUUUGCUUUCCUCAAGUGGCCACCCUCACGCACGGAGCGUUCUUUCUGAUCCCGCUGGGGGCGCUCUUGCUAGCUGCCGCGAUCCGUCUUUGCUCCAGGCCUCGCAUCCUGCUGGCUGAGCCACUUUGCGUCCUUUGGCCUGACAUCCAUUCACGACAUGGCCUGGCGCGCGAGCAGGCGCCCAACCUUUGCUUUGGUGGCUUCGUGUGGGUGUUGAAGCUUGUGUGCUGUUUGACUUUCUGGGCGAACCCGGCUGCCAUCAGCCUGCUGGAGGACAGUUGCCCUGACUCA